CGACGAGAUGGGCGUACAUCGCAACUUGACGAGAUGGCGGGAGGGGCGAUAGGCGGCAACGUCGGCGCCAAAAAAGGAGGAGCGACGGACAACGCAUCGAACAUGUCUAUAGCCCACCCUCCACCGGCCACAAAGCCCAGUGCACAUGCGGCGUUGAAGGAGAAGGUCAAGAUCCACCACGUCAAGCACUUUCUCGACAAGAUCAUCUGGGGCCUCGAGGACCAGGCGAUCAAGGAUCCAUACUACGUCAAGUUUCUGGACAAGACGCAGUUCACGAUGGGGGUGUUGGGGGUGAUGCUCACGCAUUACUUUGUGGUGGCGCAGCCUACGCAGUUUUGGAUGUGGUACCUGGUUUGCACGCCGGUGGUGGUAGCGCUUCGUAUCAUGUACUUCAAGCGCGUGGGGUGGCAGUACUUUCUGCUCGACUUUUGCUACUUUGUGACGUUCUUGUCGAUCGUCCACGUCACUCUGGCGCCGUCGGACGACCGCCGCCUCUUCCGCGUGCUGUUCAUCUACGCCAACGGCCCGCUCGUGUGGGCCGUGGUUCUCUGGCGCAACUCUCUCGUGUUCCACGACAUCGAUCGCAUGAGUGGUGUGUUCAUCCACAUCAUGCCGUGCUUGCUCUACUACUGCGUGCACUGGCACGGCUGCUCGUCAUCCUCCAUGCUUCUCCAUCCUCCGCCUUCCGUGAACUACUUUCUCCCUCCCUCGCAUCCCCAAGACUCGUUAGAUAGAGUGGACUUUGCAUACGCUAUCAUUGGGUACCUAAUUUGGCAAGUGCUGUACUUCGUCAAGACUGAAGUCGUGGACCGCGCCGCGCUCGACGCCCGCCCGGACCUCCUCACGUCACUAAGAUGGCUCACCACGGAUCGAAAGAACGGAUUCAGUCUACUUGUUCUUGGGUUGUGUCGAUAUGGUGGCAUCAUGGGGCCCACGGAAGCUUACGACCCUCGUACGACCAAGACCAAGGCGAUCUUUGUGGCCGCCCAGCUAGUCUACACCGUGGUGACGUUUGCCCCGACGCCACUCCUGUUUACAUCGCAUUUCCUGCACUGCAUGUACAUUCAGCUCAUCUUUGUGGCCGCGGUGCACAACGGCGCAUCGUAUUAUUUCGAAGUGUUUGCGAAACUGUACCACCACAAGCUGCUGCUGCUGCAGGUACCUACUGCUGCUGCUGCUGCUAGUACUUCAUCGAAAGGCGAUUACACAGACGACAUGUAAUUGUAUGGCAUUAGAAUGACGUACUUAUUGUGAUGGUCGAUAACGUAGAUCAUGACGACGUGAUAUCAUAUGUACUGGCUUUGAAAAAUAUUAAUGUAGUAAUAACUUACAUUAAUAUUAAUAUUGGG